UAGCUUCAAAAUCAUCACCUCCACACCCAAACUCACUCUUCAAGUGCAAAUCAUUUCCUCCUCCAACUCUUCCAAACCAUGGCUAGCCCCCUACUUGUGAAGGUUACUUUCUUGGUUGUGAUGUGUUCUGUUUUGAGCAUUCCAUUGGGGGAUGCUGCUCUUUCAUGUCCCCAGUUGCAAUUCACUGUGGCACCAUGCCUCGGGUAUCUGAGGGGCCCUGGUGCAGCAGUCCCUGCUGCACCAUGUUGCAAUGCGGUUCGAACCAUAAACAACCAAGCCAGGACCACCCCGGAUCGUCAAGGGGCUUGUAGGUGUCUCAAAUCCGUAGCUCAAAACUUACCUGGACUCAAUCUUGCAACCCUUGCUGCCCUACCUGCCAAGUGUGGGGUCAACUUGCCCUUCAGGGUUACCCCUUCCAUCGACUGCAACAAGGUAAAGUAAGCAGCUUAAUUUCUCGAGGGUUUACGCUUGUUGAUCUCUCAGUACUUGGUUUGUGGUAAUAAGUAGCCGAGGGUGAAUAAAGAGGAUGGUUUAAUUUCCCCGGUUGUUUGCAUCCCCACUAGGGGGUGUUUAUGUGUGAUCAUGAUUUUCAUCUCCAAUAAUAAAUAUUGCAUUAAUGUUGAUUGUUCA